GCAGAAGAAGAAGAAGAAGAAGAAACAGUACUGACUGAGAACCAGAACAAACGUAGAGAAAACUUUGUGACUUUUGCUAUGUUUGCUACUAAUAGUGUCUGCUUUUCUGACAGAAAGUUCUGAGACUAAUUUGAUUCUACUUGAAUAUCGAAUCAUCAAGAAAUCUACUUUGAAUAAUUCUAUAAAAAAUGCCACCCUUAGAGGUGACACCAAAUAGUAAUAAUGAAGAACCAGGCCCAAUAAAUCCUGUAGUGGGUAUAAUUUAUCCACCACCAGAAGUGAGAAAUAUUGUUGACAAAACUGCAAGUUUUGUGGCAAGAAAUGGACCAGAAUUUGAGGCACGUAUUCGACAGAACGAACUUGGAAAUCCCAAAUUCAAUUUCUUGAACACUGGAGACCCUUACCAUGCUUACUAUCAACAUAAAGUUAAGGACUUUCGAGAGGGAAAAGGACAAGAGCCUGCUGCUGGACUGAAUCAGGCUAUUUUGAAGCUAUCUGUAACUUCAGCAGCUCAACAAAAACAACAAGAAAUUUUGAAGCAAGUCGAGCAGCCUUUUGUACCAAAGGAUCCUCCACCUGAAUUUGAAUUCAUUGCUGAUCCACCAUCCAUAUCUGCUCUUGAUCUUGACAUUGUGAAACUCACUGCACAAUUCGUAGCAAGAAACGGAAGAGCAUUUCUCACACAGUUGAUGAAUAGAGAACAACGAAACUUCCAGUUUGAUUUUCUAAGGCCACAACAUUCCUUAUUUCAGUAUUUCACGAAACUUUUGGAACAAUAUACCAAGGUACUCAUCCCUCCAAAAAGUAUGCAGCAACGUCUCCGUGAUGAAGCUAAAAGUGCCAAAUCAGUUCUAGAACAAGUAAAAUAUCGUGCAGAAUGGUUAAAAUAUCAAGAAGCACAAAAGGCAAAGGAGGAGGAAAUCUUGGAAAGAGAAAGAGUUGCUUACGCACAAAUUGACUGGCAUGACUUUGUUGUGGUAGAAACAGUUGAUUACCAACCAUUCGAAAUAGGUAAUUUUCCUCCUCCCACUACACCAGAAGAAGUAGGAGCACGGAUUCUCAUCCAAGAAAGGAUUGAAGAUGGUGAAGACAUCGAAAUGCAGCUUGAAAGUGAUGAGGAAGAACCACCACCAGCGGACGAAGGACUAAGUACAAUGCAAGACAAAACACAUAGUCGUAAAGGACGUGAUGAUAAUCGUAUUCAGGAUAUGGAGGAGGAAAGUUCUGAAGAAGAAGAUGAAUCCUCACUUAAACCACCCCCACCUCCUUCUAUUCAACCCCCUCUGCCACCUGCACCUGAUAAGGUUUUAGUUAAGAAGUAUGAUCCUAAACAAGCUGUUAAGGUAACCAGACCAACUGUAGGCGAUGACUACUUGGUAUCGCCAAUAACUGGUGAGAAGAUUCCAGCCAGCAAAGUCCAGGAGCAUAUGCGUAUAGGUCUCCUUGACCCUAGGUGGGUUGAACAACGUGAUAAGCAAGUUAUGGAUAAAAUGAAUCAAGAAACAGUUUACGCAGCUGGUUCAGCAAUCGAUGCUUCAUUGAAACUUCUGGCAGAAAGACGUACAGAUAUUUUUGGUGUUGGUGAUGAGGAAACUGCAAUUGGUAAGAAAAUAGGAGAAGAAGAUGUUAGGAAGGACGAGAAAGUAAUUUGGGAUGGACACACGAGUAGUGUGGAAACUGCUACUAGAGCUGCUAGAGCUAACAUAACACUGGAAGAACAGAUACACCAAAUCCAUAAGGUAAAAGGAUUACUCCCUGAUGAAGAAAAAGAAAAAAUUGGCCCCAAAAAUAUAGGGUCAAAAUCUGGCAAGAUCAACAUUCAGAGUGUAAUAACUACAAAACCACCAAAUCAACCACCGACGCAACCGGCUCCUCCAAUGGCUAUACCUGUACCCCCCCAACCUACUAUGAUGGCUACGCAACCACCAAUAAUGAUGAUGACUGCUCCUCCUAUGCCUCCAAUGAGACCUCCUCCUAUAAUGAUGGCAGCACCACCUCCUAUGGCCAGCUUUGUUACUCCAAUGCCUCCUCCUAUGGGACAGCCAAUGGGAAUGCCAAUGAAACAUCCAAACGAUGGUAUGUUAGAUGAUGAACCAAGUAAUAAGAAGUUGAGGAAUGAAGAUUCUCUUGUACCCGAAGAAGUAUUCAUGACAAGAAAUCCAGGUCCAGUGUCUAUCAAGGUAACAAUACCACUUUUGCCUGAGAAGUCUGAAUGGAAAUUAACCGGACAGGUGAUGAGCCUCACAUUACCCUUGGGAGAAAGUGUGGCUAAUUUGAAGGCAAAGGUGCAGGAAGAAACAAAUAUGCCACCAGCUAAGCAGAAGUUGUUUUUCGAUGGAAUGUUUUUCAAGGAUUCUAAUACUUUGGCAUACUAUAAUGUUACACAGGGUGCAACGAUUCAACUUCAAGUUAAGGAAAGAGGAGGCCGAAAAAAGUGA